AUGACUGAUGGUCAAGCAAAUGAGUUUUUGGUGGGAAGAAUUUUCGGAACGUCUGGUGUCGCUCGCAGUGAGCUUCCCACUACACAUAAUUACUCCUGGAUGUCGACAGUCGGCUUCAUCGGACUGGGCAACAUGGGUGCCCACAUGGCACGAAAUUUGAUGAAAAACGGGCACAAGCUUGUGGUCUAUGAUAUCAACAAGACUGUGCUGUCAACUUUCAAAGUAGAUGGAGCCGAGAGGAGAACGGGAUAUGCCCCAAAGGAUGAGGUGCAGCGGCUGAUCUGCGUCCAAGGACAUAAUCACUAUGCUACCGAGCAGCCCUCACCGUAA